AUGGCAAAAUCCGAAACAGACCUACAGUCCAUGAUUGCCAAUUGCGUGGACUCCAGGACCCUAGCCUGGUACGAGUCGGAUCUCGAGGAGGUCCCGGAACCGGCCAAGACUCUUCUGGAGAAAUACAGCAGGAUCCCAUCCGAUCAAGUGGUGCAGCAUGUCAAUGGCAUGUUCCCGUAUCCUUGCAUUGGCUCAUUCCGGUUCCUGGAUCUGAGUAUCCCUCAAUCGCCUGUCUACGCUGAGGUUCUUCGGCGGCUAAAGUCGGGGGAGAAGCUCCUGGACGUGGGAUGCGCGAUCGGGCAAGAGUUGCGCCAAUUGGUCUUUGAGGGCGUUCCCUCUGAGAAUCUCUACAGCUCAGACCUCCGUCAGGAUUUCUACGAAAUAGGCUAUGAUCUAUUCGCAGACCGCGACACGCUCAAGUCUGAAUUCUUCCAGGGAGACAUUUUCGAUGACAACUCAGCUCUGGUCCAGAAGCUGACUGGUAAGAUUAACAUUGUUAACGCUGCCUCGUUUUUCCAUCUCUUCAAUUGGGAUCAGCAAGUCAUCAUUGCGAAGCGUGUUGUGGGGCUUCUGGUUGCUCAGCCCGGAUCCCUGGUGAUUGGGCGACAGGUUGGAUAUGCGGAUCCGGUGGAUCCAGAUGACAAGGAGAAUGCACCCAAGAACUAUCGCCAUAGUCCUGAGACGUGGAAGAGAUUCUGGGACCAGGUUGGUCGAGAGACUGGGUCGAAGUGGGAGGUUCAGUCCACGAUGGAGACGUGGGCCGGUCAGGAUCAUGUCUUCAGAAAGUACCACGAAGGCGUGGAGACCUUCAAAUUGAGGUUUGUUGUGAGAAGAGUCUAA